CAAGGAGUUAUGGUCUAUUGCGAAUGCUGAAUCAAGUUUCUUCUUGAAUUCGUGAUAAUUCAUUGAUCUGUCGUGUAUACAACAUGACAACCGUUGCAUGUAAAACGAAAGCAUCGGAUAUUCCAGAAUGUCCAUACGGCGCGAGGUGUUACCGGAAGAAUCCCCAACAUUUCGCGGAGUUUUUGCAUCCGAAAAAAUCCAAAACAUCCGAUGGCGAUGAUUCGGAUAAUUCGGACGUCAGUGUCGAUGGAUCGUCUACACCAACAGCGACGGCACAACCUACUACAGACAGUAGUACUCUUCCAAUUUGUAAAUACGGAGCUAAAUGUUACAGGAAAAAUCUGAUGCAUUUUGCUGAAUUUUCUCAUCCAACAGCAGUCGCUGCCACCAUUAAUGACAACGGGGAUGACACAGAUAAAAUCACAGAUGAAGACGAAUCAAAUGACAAGAAAAAGGACAGUGUUAAGUCGGAAGAUAUCCUAAAACGAGGCAUGUCACUAGUAAAAAGCUACAGUAAGAUGACCGAAGAGGAACGUAAAGAGCUGAUCAAGAAAGCAUUUGAAGCCAAGCAGAAACUGCAAGAACAGCUUGAAGCAACAAAGAAAGAAGUGAAAAAGAACGAGGUAGAAGUAAGCAGGCUGCAAAAAGAGGUUGCAGGUGGUCUCCUGCUGAUGGAAGGUGAAAAGGAAGCCUUGGAAGGGAAAGAGGUCAAGUACUUUGAUCUGUACCCAGAAAGGUCAUACAACGAGGGAUCUGCAGCCCAGACCCACUUCCGUCUGGCAGAGCCUCAGUUUUAUAGGCUGCUAAAUACCGGAAUGACUAAAACUAAUUUAGUGAAAGUGGAAUACGUCCUCAAUCCAGAUCUGGUGCAUCAUUUCAGGGAAUGUCGAGAAAGCUUAAAGAAGAAGCAUGGGGAGGAGUUUUCCUACCCUGUGUUGGCGUUUCACGGCACAAUGGAGACGAAUAUCAAGCCUAUAUGUGAGACUGGAUUCAAAAUACCCGGUGACAAUGGCCAUGCACAUCGUACGGACACAGGCUGGUAUGGUAAGGGAGUCUACUUCAGCGAAUACCCAGCCUACUCCAUGGGUUACAUCCAGGGCGCAACACAACUGCUGCUGUGCCAAGUUCUACCGGGCAAAGCCUAUCAGUGUACGAAGCUUAUUCACGGGCAUUCCCUGAUGAAAGGUUACGAUUCCCACGUGUCUCCCUGCAAGAAAGAGCUUGUCAUCUUCAACAAGUAUCACAUACUGCCACAGUAUAUCGUCCACUAUCAGCCGAAUGCUGGAGAAUUCAAGUACACUUCACCACCAUCAGCAACAUCGGCUGCUUGUAACACAACAAAAGGCAAGAAAGGCAAAGGGAAGAAGAAGGGAGGAAAGCUUACGAUAGACGAAUUAACAGACACAGAGAUGUUUAAAACCAAGCAUGACCAGGCUGUGGCCAUGCCUUCAUCAAGCACAUUGGAUGGAUACAAUAUUCAGUUCACUGGGACUUUCCAGAACACCCAGGCUGGCAUGACUGCCCUGGUCAAAUCACAUGGCGCAACAAUAGGAACUAAAGCUGUUUUCAAUUUACUGAUAGCAUCAAAACUGGAGUUUGAUCUUUCAACAAACAAAAUCCUGCAGGCUAACAAGAAAGGGGUUUCAAUAGUGGGUGAAAUGUUUUUGUACGACUGCAUCAUCAACCAUAAGAAACAGAAUGAGGAUCAUUACAGAUUAGACGACUGGUCACAUACAAAUGUACAAUAUUUAUGAGCAUGGUGGCAUUGCUGAUAUGUUGGCCACCUAGCCUUGCAACUGGGAAGUCCUGAUUUGUAUACCCUGUCCAUUGGCCACUUAGCUUUGCGACUGUUAGGUUACAGUUUCCAUCCCCUCAUCAAUGGCCACCUAGUCUUGUGAAUGGAAGGUCUUGAUUUCGAUCUUGUUAGGAGCAUUCUUAAGAUCUCUCCCAAAGAAACCCAUUACUUAUCCUUCCCAGCCCAGGUAACUGACAUCAGUCUCUGUGUAUGUAUUUCGAAGUUAAUGAGGUUCUUCCACGCCUGAGGCUGCUUCAUAGGACACGGAGUCCUACCUAAUUAACUAUUUGCUCAUGAAAAAUGGGAGAUUAUAGCUGCAAUUUCCAGCCAUCUGUUUUGUAUUGAAAGAUGUUUUUAUUUUGGUGUGGUCUUGUGUUGUCGGGGCAAGUGGGAGUUCCCAUAGGAAACCCCACCUGUCCAGUAUGGUGACCACCAAAGCAAACUCAUAUGCUUCCUGAAUGGGGAUUGAACGUAGAUUUCCUAGGUGAGAAGCACAUUGCGCCAACCAGACAGCAAAAAAAAACUGACUCGAGAUUGUCUCAAUGAGCCACAUGCUUUCAAUGAAAUUGAAUAAUUAAAAUUGAAAAGGUUUAAACAUUUAUAGAAUAUUGUGUUUGACACAGUAUUGUCUGUUUAACUCAAGUUUUAGGAUGAAGCGGUUGUAUCUGUUUAACAUUUUUACAUGUUUAAAUUAAAAGAUAAGUACCAUAUUUACUAGGUUUUCUUACAAUUAAAAGAUAUGUAUAAAAAAUUGGUUUGCCAAAAUUUAGAUUCAUACAAAUAUUCCCAGAAGUCCGUGUCCAACAAAGAUAUCUAUUUAACAUAUACUUUCAUUUAUUGAUGGAUUUUCCCAAUUUAUGUUAAAUCUUCAUCAGUAUGAAAUCAUCAUUAUCAUCAAUCCCUUGACCGGUUUUGUCGUUGGGGGAAAUGAGGGACGACGAUACAGAAAUCCUCCUCCUGUCAGGUCUGUUGUGUGCUGCUGAGAGUAAUUUAUCCAUGGGAAGGGAUGUCCACUCUUUUACAUUGUAUAUGAAAUCAUACGUUCACUGAUGUUAAGGCAUUAUGAUUUUAUUGUGUUAUGUGUAAUGCAACUUGGUCGUAUAUGUUCUGUGAACUUCUGUCUCUGGUACCAGGCAACAUCUCUGGAUUGUUUAGUUAACAAAAAUCAUUUCGGGUACACAUGAACAGAUUAAAUGGUCAUGCAAGAAUUUGUUAGAUUUUGUGAUAAGAAAUUGUAGGUUCCGUUUUAUAUUCGACACGUGUUACUUCAUAGUUUCAUUAACAGAGAUUUAUGUUAGUUUAUUCAAAUCCAAAUUCUAGUUUGUCUUGCAUGAAAAUAGUUUAUUCAAAUCCAAAUUCUAGUUUGUCUUGCAUGAAAAUAUAUUUAUUGAUGUUCCUAUUUCACCAAAGUGAAAUACUGGUAUUUGGAAUUAAUUAUUUAAUGUGAUAUCUGCAAUAUGAUUAUGAUGUUGCCCAAUCGACAAAGUUUGUGCCAUUUUGAAAAUCUAUUUGUAAUUCGUUAAAACUUGUCUGUAUUGUUAUAUGAUGUUUACAUUUGUAUUUCUUGUUAAAUAUAAAUUAUAUAAUAUAUAACACAUUGUUUAUCAUGUGCUAAUGGAUGUAAUGUGCAUAGUGUAUUGUUCAGAAUCAUGGACGUAUCCUGAACAAAAAUUGCAAGGCCCUGCUAUAUUUGCAUGCAGUGGUACUUGUGAUCAUAUCUGUUAUUAUUAACUUAUAUGAUAUGUUAUUUUAAUUUUCAUUUUUAUCAUAUAUUUUUCACAUUCAAAGCAAAUUGUGAUAUGCCGGUGAUAAGAUUUUGUUUAUUGCUACUUUUAUUCAAAGACGAUAUUUUUAUUUAGCAAGAUUGACUAUUAUUGUUUUUAUUUAUUAGCAUUUCUUCUCUAGAUAUAUUCAUUCAUAAGAUUGAUAUAAUGUAUAAUGUUUGUACUUGUAAUACAAAUUAUCGGUACUUAAAAUAGUUCAUGUUUUUUCCACAAAUUUUUAUAUGCUGGUUAGUUAUUUUUGUUAAUUGAUACUUAUAUUCAAAGAGGCUAUUUUUAUCAAGCAUGAUUGACUAUAAUUGUUUAUCUUUACUAACAAUUUUAUAGAAGUAUAUAUUCAUAAGAUUGAUAUAAUAUCUAAUUUAUAUAUGACAAACCAUAGAUACAGUACUCAACAUAUUUAUGGCCACUGGUUGUUUUACGUGUUUUAUCAGCUUAGCUAUCUGUCACUCCAUUCUUUCUAUUCAUCCAUUUUACUGUUAGUUUGAAUUUGAACCUAUCAAAUGAUUUUAAUGUAUUUUGUUUUAUUGACACAUCCGAGAUAUUUCCUAUUCAUUUGUUUAUGAAUGUGAUUGUUAAUAUUCAUGUAAUGGUUUAUUUGGUGAUUAUAUUGUUUUGUGAUAUAAUAGUUUAAUUUUAAAUUAGUGCUUUAUAUUGAAUUAUUUGUCACAUAAAUAUAUU